UUCUCUUGCUGAGGAUUAGGGUUGAAGUGCUGCUCGAUCGAUCGAUAGGCGCUGGCGCAGAUCCGGCGCUGCGCAAUGCCGGUGUAGGAGGCGGCGAGAGGUUUGUGUGCCGGACGGGAAUUUCGCGUCGCUGUGCAAUGCGAAAUGGCGGAUCCAGCAGCUUUCGAUUUCUUCUUCCAGCAGGCCGAUGUGGAUCGGGAUGGGAAGGUGAGUGGCGCCGAGGCAAUCCACUUCUUCAAGGGAUCGAAUUUGCCUCAGCCUGUUCUUGCCAAGAUUUGGCAUGCUGCGGACAAUGGCCAUACCGGGUUUCUCUCGCGACCAGAGUUUUAUAACGCCUUGAAGCUCGUCACGGUUGCUCAGUCUGGACGAGAGCUGACGCCGGAGAUCAUGAGAGCGGCGCUCGUCGGGCCGGCGUCGCUCAAGAUUCCAUCUCCAAAAAUUCAGCUCCCCGCGGGCCAGCAGUCGCAAAUCCCAGUUCCUGGACAACAGGCACCACCACCUCUUCCAGUUUCAACGACGCAAGUUACUGUUCAACCUGGUAGGACUUCGUUUAGCAGUGGACCGCCACCUCCACCACUUCAAGGCUCUCUACAACAAAAUGCAUCGUUUAGCGUCGCACAGCCAGCUCCCGGUGCUUUACCAAGACCAUCGUUUACCGGCGGCGGCGCGUCACAGCCACCAUCGUAUACCGGUGCUACCACGCUACAACCACAGCAGGGACCAUCUUUUCCCGGUGCUACCACGCCACAACCACAGCAAACACCAUCGUUUGCCAGUGCUACCGCGUCACAGCCAUCAUCAUCGUUUGCAAGCGCUCCUUUACCACAACCACAGCAAACACCGUCGUUUCCUACGCAACUGCAGCAAGCACCAUCGUUUGCUACCAAUGCAAACACGCCACAGCUUCAGCAAACACCAUCGUUUGCCACUGCUCCUACACCACAGCCUCAGCAAACUCCUCGGGCACCGGUGUAUCAACAGCAACCUCCAGUACAAAGCGUUCCAAGACCAGGUUCUUCCGGUGGACUUGGAGCAGAAUCUUGGCGGCCAAGCAGUGUGCAAGGUCAGCUCUUUUCAUCGGCAACCCCAGUGAGACCAACAACUUCAGCUAUACCCAAUCAAAGUUUUUCUGUCAACAAUGGCCCGAGCACCAACUUUGCUUCCCAGCAAGGUCCUGGUGCUCCUCCGGGGUUGCGGGCUGGAGCUGGAGCUCCCGAUGGAGCUAAAGCCUCUGGAGGAUUUAGUCCCUUUGGCAACGACGCGUUUUCCGUGAGCUCUACUACAGCAAGACCGGCGAUUGAUCAGAACUUUGUUGCUUCAUCUCCGUUGACACCGAGACAGCCGUCUCCUGGAAUGUCCCCGCAAGCGCCGCCUCCUAAAGUCAUGCACGGUUUCAGACCGCCAAUGGGGUCUGCAUGGCCUAAGAUGACAGCAAACGAUGUACAGCGCUACUCUCGAGUUUUUACGGACGUUGACACAGAUAAAGACGGGAAGAUCACAGGCAUACAAGCACGGGAUCUCUUCUUGAGCUGGAGACUUCCUAGAGACGUCUUGAAGCAGGUUUGGGACCUAUCGGAUCAAGAUGGCGAUAGCAUGCUUUCUUUUCGGGAAUUCUCUACGGCUUUAUAUCUGAUGGAACGGCUCCGAGAAGGCCGCCCUUUACCUCCUGUUCUUCCAGCGGGCUUUCAUUUUGACGAUGGCACUCCUCAGUCUCAUCUUGCUGCUGCACAAGGCUAUAAUCAACCUUCUUGGCAGCGCAAUGCAAGACCAGGUAUGCCUCCAGGACUUGUUCCGCAAGAACAAUUCGGCAUGCCAGGUGCAUUUCAAGGACAACAGACAGGAAGACAUGCUAGAGCCAGACCCAGGGGUGCGGAGUUUAAUGGCAGUGACAAGCCAAAUCAAAGUGAGGGGAAAGUUUUGGAUUCAAAAGAAAAGCUUGAAUAUUAUCGUAACAAGCUACAGGAAAUCGUGUUAUUCAAAAGAAAAUGUGACAACCGUUUAUCGGAGAUCACUGACAGAGCGGCUGCCGAAAAACGCGAGGAGGAAAUCAUGGCGAAGAAGUAUGAAGAGAAGUAUAAGCAGGCACUGGAAGUGAAUUCACGUUUGGUGUCUGAAGAAGCAGCCUUUCGCGAAACACAGACUCUCAAAUCUGAGCUUCGGAGUGCGAUUGCUGAAAUUGAACGCGGGGGAAAUCCAAAUGCGCUGCUCCAGACUCGUGCAGAUCGUAUUGCAAAUGACCUUGAUGAACUUGAGAAGGCGUUGGUCCAGCGUGGUAACCUUCUUGGGCUUCAAGUUAGCGGGACAGCCAAAGUUGAGCUUCCAUUUGGAUGGCAGCCAGGGCUUCAAGAAAAUGCCGUUGAAUGGGAUGAGGACUGGGAUAAGUUUGAUGACGAAGGAUACAACACGAUUCAAGGGAUUAUGGACGAGCAACCUGUAUCUGGAACAGCCUCACAUCCUGGCUGGGACGAGAAUAGCAUGUUUGCUGAUGGCUUUGACUUUGCAUCCGAGCCCAUUCACGCGGAGGAAAACUUUGAUAAAGGGCCUGCUGACUCGCCGCACGCAGAAAGCGAAACGAGCUCCAUCAAAAGUGGUGUUGAUAGCCCACAGUGGUCUCCAAAAGGUUAUCCGUCCAAGAGAAGCAUUCCUGGAAGUUCUCCUUUGUCAGCCAAAGCAGAUCACAGCUUUGAGUCGCACGAAGACGAGCCGCCCUUCCAUUCUUCAAGCUUUGAUCAAGAUCCAUCUUUUGACUCAACGGAUCACUACGAAGAAACUCCUUGGACUAGCGCGUUCGGCAACCCAAACGAGGAUGUGUGGGGUCUAGGGACCGACUCUCCAUCUUCCUCUUUCCAGCCUUUAGCGGUUAAAACCCGAUCAGAAAGAGACUCUUUGGACUUGGGAUCGAUAAACAUAAGCUCUCCUGCUCACAGCGAAGCCAAGAACGAAGGCGACUUCUUUGGCAAAAAGGAGUGGAACGAUUGGCCUGGUGACACCAACAGCACUUCAGUGCCAAGCACUCCGUUGUUUAAGAGUGAGUCGCCAAAACAUGAAGGCUCGUAUUUCGGUCAACCGAGCCGGCUUGAGUUAUGAUAUGAUGCAACGCUUGUAGAUUGAGGUACCUUUUGUUGUAAUUGGUUUCUCCCACUCACUUUUGCAGUGGUUAUUUCUAUACACAUUUUUUCGAUUGCGAUUA